GGGAAACAAUUAGUUUUACCAAAAAAAAAAUACAUCUCCAAACUUUACGUAUACAUUUGAACAUUGCAGAAAAAGUCGCCGGUCCGGUGGUCCGUCAGGCCAGAGUAAUCUUCUAAUUAGUUUGCUUUGAAGUGAAAACGAUGGGUUCCAUCGAAGAGGAAAGACCCCUCUUCGAACAAGGUUCUGUAUUAUUACAGGAAGUGAAACUGUAUGCUGAAGAUGGUUCAGUGGACAUUCAUGGAAACCCACCAUUAAAGCAGAAGACAGGAAACUGGAAAGCUUGUCCAUUCAUUCUCGGCAAUGAAUGCUGCGAACGCUUAGCUUACUACGGUAUUGCCAAGAAUCUAGUCACUUACUUCACGACAAAAUUGCAUGAGACUAAUGUUUCUGCGGCAAGGCAUGUCAUGAUAUGGCAAGGCACUUGUUACAUCACUCCUCUCAUUGGAGCUUUAAUAGCUGAUGCUUACUGGGGAAGAUACUGGACUAUUGCUUGUUUCUCUGCCAUUUAUUUCACCGGAAUGGCCACACUGACACUCUCAGCUUCAUUCCCGGGCCUUAAGCCAGCUGAAUGCAUUGGUUUCCUAUGCCCACCAGCAACAACAACUCAGUCUUCAGUGUUCUUUGUCGGUCUUUACCUUAUCUCACUCGGUACUGGAGGCAUAAAACCAUGUGUCUCAUCUUUUGGUGCUGAUCAGUUUGAUGACACUGACCCUCAUGAACGACCAAGUAAAACUUCUUUCUUUAACUGGUUUUACUUCUCCAUCAACAUCGGUGCCUUUGUCUCAUCUACUCUUCUAGUGUGGGUUCAAGAGAACUGUGGGUGGGGUCUAGGGUUCUUGAUCCCUACUGUUGUCAUGGGGCUCUCUCUCGUGAGUUUCUUCUGUGGUACUCCGCUUUAUAGGUUUCAGAAACCGGGAGGCAGCCCGGUUACUAGGGUCAGCCAAGUUCUUGUAGCUGCUUACCGUAAAAUGAGUCUCAAGUUUGAUGAAGAAGACCAUACACUUCUGUUUGAAACACAAGACAAGAACUCCACAAUACCUGGAAGCAGGAAGAUUGAGCACACAUACGGUUACAAGUGUCUUGACAAAGCCGCAGUUAUUACAGAACAUGAUGUCACAAAUGGUGUCUCUCCUAACCCAUGGAAGCUAUGUACUGUGACUCAAGUAGAAGAAGUUAAGAUUCUGUUACGUAUGUUUCCCAUCUGGGUCUCCGGCAUCGUGUUCACAGCGCUCCAGUCUCAGAUAUACACCCUCUUCGUGCAGCAAGGACAGUCCAUGAAACAUACCAUAGGCUCAUUUGAGAUUCCUCCCGCUACACUCGGGAUGUUCGACACUGCAAGUGUGCUCAUAUGUAUCCCAAUCUACGACAAAGUCCUCGUUCCCUUUGUGAGACGGUUCACAGGCAGAGCAAAGGGAUUCACUGAUCUACAACGCAUGGGAGUUGGACUUCUUGUCUCUGUCUUGAGCAUGGCAGCUUCAGCUAUUGUCGAGACAAAGAGGCUACGUGGUCUCGGAGCAAUGAACAUCUUUUGGCAGGUUCCUCAGUACUUUCUUAUGGGCACAGCGGAGGUUUUCUUCUACAUUGGUCAGGUUGAGUUUUACUACGAGCAGUCUCCUGACGCGAUGAGGAGCUUGUGUAGUGCCUUGCCGCUUCUCUCUACUGCCUUUGGGAGCUAUCUGAGCUCGUUGAUCCUCUCGCUUGUGGCGUAUUUCACGACAAUGGAUGGUCAAGAUGGUUGGAUUCCUUCGGAGGACAUUGAUAAAGGACAUCUUGACUACUUCUUCUGGCUUUUGGUCUGUUUUGGUUGUGCGAAUAUUCCUGUUUUUGUCUUCUUCUCUGUCAAGCACUUGCAGAAAAAGGCUGCUUAAGCUUCAGCUUGGCUCUUGUUUAAUAUUUGUAUACACGGAAAGUCAGAAACAUGUAAAAGUUAUGGGCCACUAUGUAAAACUAUGAAGACUUCAUUUCAUACUUAUUUGUAAAUACGUCAUAGUUCCUGUGCUACAUGUUGGCCGUUGUAAUAUUAAUGAAAAAG